CAUUUUUAAUUUCUGCUACAGUCGGUACCCCUGCUAGUGUUGUGAUUUGAAUAUCAAAAGUUAGACUCUGGAUUGAUAUUUUGUUAAACUUAGAUGCAUUUACCAAUAACAUGAAGGAAGGGGUAUGAGUGAAAUGGGCAAACGGCAGAGAAAGGUAACUGAGACCAAGAGAAAGGAUGCAAUCAGUCAGAUACCAUGUGUUACUGCAGUGCACAUUGAGACCAACAUUGUUCAGGAGCAAAGUACAAAAUCAAUAAAAAGUAUAAAGACACAUGCAGCAAACCAUUCUGAUGACCAAAAAAUGGAUGCAAUAGUAACAUCUCCUAGUUCUAAUCCAGCGAAGAGGACAAGAAGCAAAACACUAAAGCAGAUUGUUAGGAGCCCUUGUAUUCAGAGUCCCCCAGCUUCAUUAAGAUUUGUGAAAUCUUCAACCCCAAAAGACAGUGAUGGUUCACUGAUUGAGUUGUUAAGUCCUAGACAAAACUCAUUGUUUACUAUGUCAACUCCUAUACGUCAUCCUAAGAAAUGUAAGCUGCAGGACAGUUUUGUUUUCACCCCUAAACUGAAGGAUGACAUCCUUCUGUCACAAGCAGAAUCAAGAGAAGUUGUUUGGGACUGUAACUCACCAGAUGCCAUUAAAAGAUUCAAUCAGAUGUGCCUGCAAAAAUUACCAGCUGAAAACAGGGAAAAUGAAAUCAAAGACUUGGUGAAUGACCUGGUGGAUGGUGCAAAAGUUGUGCCCUCUUGCUCCUCAACUUUGAUGGGCAUUUGGAAUUUGGAAGAUACAGAAGAAUCCAGACCUUUUACAAGACAGAUGAAGAAAAAAGGGCGAGGAAAACUGAAAUCAACCAAGCCAAAUGUGUUGUCUAAAGAUCUUAUGGAGAAACUUGCAGAUAUCAUAAAAUUGCAAGAUGAGACAACAGAACAUGGAAAAAAUAGUAAAUCUUUAAAAGAGGAAUUAACACAAGUAAGAGAAGUGGGUGAAUCCAAUAACACGACCAGUACACAGCCACUGAGUUAUGUGUUUGAUAAAGGAAGUGUUCUUCCCUCCUCACCAAGCACCAUGGCAGCCUUGUCACAGAUCGUCUCCCAGCUCAGCCAGACUGAAAGGGAGUCUAUACUUGAGCAGCAACGGAAUGGCACACUGUUCCAGAGACAUCUGUCUGAAGAACAAGAUGAUGUUGUUGAAAAUGGGAUUGCACCCCUUGAUGAUGGAUGGGAGAGCGAUGACCUUUUCAAUGAUGAAUCCCUCAUUAAAGCUACCCAAGAGAUGUUUGAUGAUUUCCCCUUAGCACAUGCCUCUAAGACUGUUAAGAGGAAAAGUGGAAACAUCGCUGAUCUACUUUACAUCCCUGUUAAAAAAUCUGGCAGAGCCACUUUCAGUCUUGAUAGUGGUCCUCCUAAUGUACUCAAUAAUAAUGUAUGUUAUAAAAAUGUACUUGAUUGUAUUCCAUCUGCAGCAAAAUCUCAUACAAACUUUACACCUCAGCAUAUGUUGGAUUCGGUGCAACAAAAGAAAUGUCAGUCAAAUUGGACCAGUAAUGUGAAGAACAGCACUGGAGAUCAGUCCCAGCAACUGUCUACUUUGAAAAGUGCUAGUUGUAGUAGCAAGGACCCUUGUUCAAAUGGAGAUAAGGAACAUAUUAAACUAGGGAAAAAGUUUAAUUUUAAAGGGAAGAUACAAUCUACUGAACUGCAGAGGAGUAAAAUGGCGCAAACUGACUUUUCGUCCACAAAUUCAAACAAGCAUAACACAAAAUCAAACACACAAAUGAACCCAAGUAAGAAGUAUGGGUCUUCCUUGCAGCCAAAAUGUGAACUUAAAAUCCAGACAAAUAGAAAAGAAAACUAUUCAUCAACUGGACCGGUGCCAAAUAUCAAUGUUGUUGAUAAAUCAGAUGUUGGUCUUGGCAGUAAACAGCCUACUGUGAUCUCAGAUGAACAUAAGGUGCUGAAGUCUGGUGACUGGAAUGACAACAGUUUGACAGAUGAUCUACUGUUUCAACUAGCAGAACCAGAUGAAGUUUUGGACAGAACAACCCCUCAUAAACCAGUGAAGGCUAAAAUUUUUAAGCCUCAAACUUGCUUAGCUGACACUAAUGCUAAAUCAAACAGAAAGCUAUGUACCAACAGGAUGCCGAAAGAAGUUUACAUAUCAAACCAAAAUGGUUCACAGGUUCAGUUUGACAAGGUGCAGGCAUCUGCACAGACUUCAGGCAAUACUGUUGCAGGAGCUGAAGAAUGUGCACAUGCUAGCAGUGAUUCCUUACUUGAUGAUGAUGAUGAUGCCUUGUCAGAACCACAGAUCCUUGCUAUAUUGGACCACAUGGAAUCACAAGCAACUCAGCAGACCAGUCAGUCCAGAUGCACUGCUGCAGAAAUUGAAAGAAAAAGACAGGCAGCUUUAAAAAAGAAGCAGGAAAAGCUGCGGGCUUCACAAACAUCCAAAGUGACUAAGAAAGAGACUGUUCCUCAAAAAAGAGAGAAAACCUUGUUUUGUAGAGGGAACAGAAGAAGUUGAAUUAAUUCUGAUGAAAUAUGUAUUAACAGACUUGGUAGCUCUUAGGUUGAAGAUGGCUGGUAUAGUUAAUUUCAAAGGUUUAAUCGUUAAAUAUUUUACCAAACACUCCAGUUCUGACUAGGGUUAUUUUCCAUUUAUUUUUCAUACUUAAAUAGGUAUAAGUUUCACAUGGAACUAGAUACUAUAUUUUUAAUAAGUAAUAAUUUGAAGGGUCCACAUGUGUCAAAGUUGACUUUUUAACAUGAACUAUCUAUAUCUUCUCUUGUGCAGUUGCUCACUUCAGUAAAUCAUGUUUUCAGUUUAAAAGUAUUCAUAUGAAAUAAGGCAGUCAGAAUAUUUUAUUACGUAAAUAGUUAUAUUUAAAACUGGUUAAUUACAGAUGUAGAAGAUCGUUCUUGGUUGGAGCAAUUUUGGUGCAACAAUAAAUAUUUGUGCAUCCAUUUUCUUCUUGUGGCCAUUUGAAAUUGUAUUUGUAGUUUUGAGUUAAUGAAAAUGUAUAACCUUAACAGUUAGAUAGACUGAUACAAUUAUAAAUAAUUUUUAUAAAGGUAUGCUAAUUGAAAUCUUAAACAAAUGAAACCUUAAGUAGUAUGUUAGAUUACUCCUUCAAAAACUGGAAUCUAGUACAAGUAAUUUUUGUACCACAAACAUUAUUAUAUCGAAGUAGUCCGAUGAACCCUUAAUAAACUGGAAUAUAGUAUAAUUGUAAUUA